GUCUGGUGGUAUGUGCCCUCAGGCUCCUGUAUCUUCUACCCGAUGCAAGAGGAGAGAAGAGAGGAUGUCCUGCGUGAGUGGGGUCUUUGAUUAUGCUGGCUGCUUCACCAAGACAAUGAGAGACUGAGCAAACAGAUGUUUCUCCAACUUGGUACCGGCAGGACUGAAUGUCUUUGGUUGUCUGUGGAAUCUACGUUCCCUAGUUGCCUUCUCCAAUGCUGUCUUAGUUAAUUACUUGAGGUUGUUUUUAAAGCUUGGAGUUGUAGCUGUAUCUGAGAUGAGCUUUGUCAUGGUGUUACUAACUCUAUUUCCACCUCUGUAACGUUACCUAACUCUAUCCUCGCCUCAGAAGGCACAUCAGGAGUGAGGUGGCAUCUGUUCCAUCAGUCGAGAUGAGUAUAGCCCCAGUGAAUCCUAAGAAGGUCAUCAUCAUCCAGGGAAAAGCAGCCUGCUUGACUGGCAUCCCAUCCACCGCGUUAAUCAUUUGAUCCCUCCACCACCAGCUCAUUCUGACUGCCAUGAGGAACAUCCACAAAAUGCCAAGGCUACUCUGGCAACACCUCCCACAUCUGCAACUCUACCACCAAAAAGGACAAGGGCAGUAGGUACAUUGGAAGCUCCACCACCUACAGGUUCCCUUCCAAGUCGCACAGAUAUCUUGAUUAGGAAAUAUGCCGUUCUUCACUGUUGAUGGGUCUAAAUGAAGGAACUCCCUACUCAACAGUGCAGAGAGUGUAUCUUCACCAGAGUUGAAGCAGUUCAACAAGGCAGCUCACCACCACCUCUUCAAGGGCAAUUGAUGUUGGGCAAUGAGUGUUGACCCUGCUGCAGAUGCCCAGAUCCUGAUAAGCAAAUCAAUAAAAAAAAUCUGCAGGGCUAGAUUCCAUUCAAAUGAAGGAGCUACGGUUCUUACACCAGCCUUCCACAGAGUAAAGCUGAAAGAUGCUGUCUGAUCUGCUGAGCUUUGACAGUGAGAACUAUUGCAGAUUCAGUCUGAUUCUGAAGGGGUACAUACAUGUGAGAGAUCGCACUCCACGAUCAAGAGCACUGGAACAAAGCUAAACGCUAGGAAUGCAGCAGUAUGGAUGGAAACAGCUAAUCCAUGUGGGCGGCCUGAGUGAGUAUUCAAUGUGGUCGGACGCCUUUGAAAACAUAAUGUUAAUGCUCGACGGGAUGCCGGCAGGAAGAGUCAAACCUGAGCUCCUAGACUCCGAGAGGGGGUCUCCACAAGCCCCUAACUUUUCUGAUAUGGAAGCUGUACCUACUUUGCUAAACAAUGUGAAAGCUGGACCUCCAGAGGUCUUGCUAUCCACUGAUCACUAUCAAACACAAACUGAGCCAGUGGACUUAUCUAUUAACAAAGCCCGGACAUCACCAACAGCUGUAUCAUCAACACGUUCCUCACCCAGCUCAGUGACAACAACCUCAAUCCCUUCAAUGUCCUCUUGCUCUCCUCGAUUGACUUCAUCCCCAACUGUGAUAACCUCAGUGACUUCAUCAACAGGAAUGUCUACAGUAUUGGCACCGGGCUCCGUUGUGGCAUCUUCCCCAGGUGUCGGGGGCCAACAGUACUUGCACAUAAUCCACCCGAUGCCACCUUCAAAUGCAAUGAACUUUCCGUCCAAUAAACUGCAUCGCAUUCCAGUGGUUGUACAAUCCGUUCCUGUGGUAUACACAGCCAUGAGGUCACAGAGGAACUCCACCAUCGUACUCCCGAUGCUGGAAGAUGGGCGAAGUCAAAUGAAAGUGGAUGCUCAACAGUGCAUCAUGAAAAAGCCCUUCAGCCUACAGCCGCACAGUAUUGUUCCACACAACCAUACCUGGCAGCAUACUGUAAUCGAGAGAGAGAUAGCACAACUGAGGAGUCUAUCGCCUGGACGCAUCAAAAGUGAUAGUGAGGAUGAUGACCUUCCCAAUGUGACGUUGGACAGUGUUAAUGAAACUGGAUCCACAGCCCUCUCCAUUGCAAGAGCUGUACAAGAUGCAGAUUCCCCUUUCAGUAUUGAAGGUACAAGACGUCAGCGAAGAUCAGAGUCCCCUGACUCGAAGAAACGGCGCAUUCACAGGUGUGACUUUGAGGGCUGCAAUAAAGUGUACACAAAAAGCUCUCACUUGAAAGCACAUAGGAGGACACAUACAGGUGAAAAACCAUACAAAUGCACGUGGGAAGGCUGCACGUGGAAAUUUGCCCGUUCAGACGAGCUGACGAGGCACUAUCGCAAGCACACAGGGGUGAAACCCUUCAAGUGCGCAGACUGUGACCGUAGUUUCUCUCGCUCAGAUCACCUGGCACUGCAUCGUAGGAGACACAUGCUUGUUUAAAAGUGUUUUGAAGAACAGUGGGGAAAUCAGAGCAGGCUCUCUUCCAGACCCCAGGAUUCAGCUGGGCUGAAUUAUCAAAGUGGACAUCUCUAAUUGUCCAACAGAAGAAACAAAUAAAAGUGAAGAGCACUCUAAUCUUUCCUGAUGCUGACAGUCAAAACUUACCGUCAGUGAUUUGGUAAUUUAGGUUAUGUUCGCUUGGCCUGUCUUUACUGUCCAUGGAUUUUCAUGAGUUGGUGCAUUUUUUUUACAUAGUUCUCAGAUUUUAAAUCAGUUUAUCUUUACUACAGUUCUUCAACUAUUGGAUGAACCCAUAACAACAGGCUGGUAUUUAGUGCAAAAUGAUAGUUCAGAAUAUAACUGAACCUGUUGCUUUCAUUUCAAUUUGUUUUCAAAGUUCCAAGACUUCUGCCUCAUUUGAAAAAUGGAAAGAAAACAAAUGACAAAAGACUUGCUGAUAUUUUCUUCUACCACAUAUGUAUGCCACAAAAGUCAGUGAACAAUGGAUAAGACAACCCUCAAAUGAAUUCAUUUAGACAUCGGUAGCAGUAUUAAGGAUCACGAUGUCUUGGUUAUUAUUCUGUAGCAGAAUUAAUCAAACCCCUCCUCUAGUUGAAGAAUUAUUUGACUGUAGUGAUCUCUACUAGGUUACAUACAUAAUUUGCAGAUUGAUAGAGGCAGUACGGCUUCAGUGUCUUGCACACCAACGCACGCUAUAACUUGGUGUUAUAUUUUAUGAGGAUUCUAUCACCAGGGAAUGUGCAUUUCUCACAGGAACCACUUUGCUCCUGUUUUACAUUAAUUUAUCUAGGGUUUGUUUCAUAUAAUGCUAAAGAAAUGUAUUAAGUAAUCAUCAGUUGUGCAAAUUAGCAACAUUUUGGGGGGGAGGGGGAGGUCCAAGGUCAAUGGUUCUUUGAACUAUUAAUUCAGUAAGUAGUCCAUUAGUUUCUUUCUUAUAUUUUCAAUCACCCUCGAUGGACUACCAUAAAUACCUGAAGCCUUAUAUCUUGUUAAUUGUUUCUCAAUUGGAAAAUACCAUGCACCAUAACCUUGUCACUAAAAUACAAAUAUUAAGUUGGCCCAAUAACAUUUAAAAGCAACUUUAACCGUUAAGUGCAGUGUUAUAUUUACAUCCAAGAAAAAUAGUGGAUAACAUCAUGUAACAAAAUCUACAAUUCAAGCCUUUGCUGUGAUGGGAAUUUCAUUAACACCAGUAUUAGGGAAGUGCUUGUGUGAGGUUUAAUGUACCACCAGAACAUCUUUCACAUCUGACAUUUGAAUCAAGCAAAGUGGCAAAUUUCCUCAUCAAAUGCUCACCAGCACCGUCCACAAGAUCGUGUGAUAUUCGAUGUGAACUGCGAAGUGAAAGUAGGAAAAGUUUCUGCAGAUGUCCUGCCGAAGUCAUGAAAAAGAAAUGAAUCCACAAGUAACUAUUGCCUCAGACUAUUGGUGAAGUUGUUGCUACCGUUCUACUGGGGAAUAGCCAUUACUAUGAAGUAUAUGGUGCAAUGCAUUACUGUGAAAAUCAGAAUUGUCAGGGAAAUGUUAUAAGCAACAAAGAAAUUAAAUUCCACUUUGCUGGGUUUCAAAUACAGCAAAUAAUGUUCCAGGUGUACAAUAACUCUAUGUGAUCACUGUCUUAAUCCUUCACAGUUAAACUCACCACACCCUUGGGGAAAUCACACAAGUCUUCUAUGAGUGUUUAUCCAUAUUUUCUUAACAGGUUCAAAAAUACUUUCUUAAAAAAUAUAUUAUAAUUACAAUAGAUGACAGUUCAUUCCACUCAUCUGCUAUAAGACAGCAAUAUAUCUAGGAAAAGAAAUUUAAUCUAAAGUGAAAAAGAACUAAUAUACAGCUCCGAGCUGUCCAUGUUGAUAUUUGAAGCCUGCCAGUAGCAUCUUCUAACCUGAUUAAUGUGACAUUAUAUCAUAUGAAGGAGGAGAAGUAGAGACAAGGGCGUCCUCCUGAUUAUGCUGAUUUCUUUUUGUCUUUACAAUGAGACAAUAUGUUUGUACAAAUGUGAAAUUGGAAUACCAAUAGUGCAGAAUUCAUACUUAUAUUGCACCAACUCUCAAUAUUGUUGGAAGUAUUAAACCCCUUCCCUAAAUACUGGGCAGUAUUCCUCAAGAAAGAAAGUUGUAUCCUUCAUGAUAAACUCCAUGAACAAAUACAAAGAGACAUUACUCGCAACAUUUUGGUUCUAUCACUCCAAAUUCUAUAGGUUUCCUGUCACAACACCCAUUCCAUGUAUGUCAAUUAAAUAUUUAUGUUAGUAAAGCUGUAAACCUAGAAAUCAGAUCUCCUGUUGUUGUUUAGUUAAGUAUGGUAUUAAAGCAAAGUGUUGGAAUGGAUUGAAGCACAAAAAUGAUUGUUUCCUGCUCAUCAUUCUGCAUCAGUCAAGGAAUUCAGCCGGGUUCUUCCCAGUGCAAGUCAUGCUUGUGAGUUUGGUGUGACUUUAUCAUCAGAUGUGCAUCUUAACAAUGUCAUACUCUGUGUAAAGAAAUCCUUUGGAGCUUUGCUGGGAGUGUUUAGACCACACCAUCCUGGAAGUAACAGUUGUUGCUAACUUCCAACACAAAAAUGUUUCACAGCACAUUGCUGAGAGCCCAUUAAAACAGGUCUCAUACUUUCUAUUCUUGGGGCCCCCUCGACCCAACAAUAUUACUUUCCUACCCACCUCUAGCCAUCCAUACUCAAUAAGAUUGGACCACCUCCUUGAUUCCCUGAACCCACAUCUAACCUUCCCCAAGACCCAGAUCCUGAUCACUGGCCCAUCCCAGUCACCACCUCAAACCACUCCCCAUCCCAUACUCCAGAUACUUACCUCAUCAUAGACUCACCCACUGAGGCACCGAAGACCAUCAUCCCUUUCCCUCCAUCCCAAUCCUGGCCCGUACAGUGUUAAUUUGCAGAAAGGAGUGAUGCCCAUUCAACGAAGGCCUUGAGAACUACAGUGUUGGGUAAUGGCACAUAAUGCCCAAUGCCUGGGUUGGUGCACUAUAAUAUCCAGCCUUAAGCAUUAGAACGCAGAACAGUAAAGCACAGGAACAGGCCCUUCGGCCCACGAUGUCUGUGCUGAAUUUUAUUGAAUAAGCAUCAAUAUCAAAUCUGAACUCACUAAUGGAACAAACAUUUCUGCUAUAACUGUGAAUCUGGUAAAGCAAAAAUAAACUCGGGGAAAAAUUCAGCCUCUGUCAUGGGCACAAAAAUUCAACCUGAUGAAGCAUGCGCUUUGAACACCACAUCUGAAAUUCGGCUCUGUUGAAGUCAUUAGAGUUGCAUUUGAGAAGCAGAGUUCAAUACACUUACCUCACACCAUGUGCUUAGUGUAAACAACAGAGGAUGGAUUUUUAUCCCAAAGGGUUAAAGUUGCACCUUAAGGUCUCCAUCAAGGUCUGAUUUCUUGAAGGAUACUGUCCUUAAAAUUACCAGCUCAUUUUGAAGCCACAGAGACACACAAUGUCUUGCACUUUGAAUUAGUCUCGGAUAAUAAAAUGAUUUAUACAGGGAUUAACAUCCAAAACUCUCAAAAAUAAACAUUCUGAUAUUUUACUGUAGUCGUUGGGACAUCUAUUUUAAAUAUAAUGUAUUAUAUGUGAGAGUUCAAAGUAUUUUGAGAGUCAUAGUUUUACAUAGGCUGUAAAUAGUUUGGGGUGGGAAAAUAAAUUGGGAGGUGUUUUAGUCCUAAACUCCACCUGGUGAAUUUUGCAAAUGAAAAAUAUGAAUUAGCCAAUUUAUGAAAAGGUGGAUUUAUCCUGCAAUAGUUUUUAAACCCCAGUGUUUUCUUCUUUAAAAAAAAUAAAUCCAAUUUUUGAAUCUUCUGAAGAAGAUAUUUUUCCUGGUCUUUGUACACUAUUUAGUUCAGGCAAUAAGUAUGUGACAUGUUUACUAACAUAUAUGUAAGUGUUGUUCUUGUAUUUAUGUACAAUGUAUGUAUUGUAAAUAUAUUCAGAGCUUUUCAUCUUACUGUAAAAUGAUGGUAUCCCCAAAAGUGUAAAGGGAGUCUCUGUAAUGAAAUUGUGUGGGAGAAUGUUAUGUUUUGCCCUCGUCUCUUCUGAAAGACUUAAAUGAAGUGUUUAAUUUUCCAUGUGUCCCAAAACUUCCCCGUCAGUGCUUCGCGUUUCUGUAUCCAACUUUCAUAUGAGCUGAGCUGUGAAUUGAAGAAUUAUAGUACUCAUUUUAAACGUAUGCAUUUGUAAUUACCCGAAUUAUGAAUGGAGGCAUGAAGAUUAAAUAAAGUUGCUUUUGUAUGUAACAAA